AUGUGCACAGAGGCACUGAAAAGCCUUGGCCAUGCUGGGCCCAGCAACAAGGGUGGGUCUGACAGGUCGCCACCCCCCACGCAGGCCCUGGCUGGGUGGGCUGACCAGAGCGGCAGGCGCGUUGCCCGGGAGUCCCGGAGGAGAAAGCUCCUGCGCUCCUCGCACAUCUGUAGUCCCCAGGAACUGCUUGGACAGCCCAAGAAGAAGCAGCGCUGCUCCUCCGCCACUGGGACGGCGGAAGAAGAGGGCAGAGGUGACAUCGCCUCGAUCCAGAUUUUCCCUCCUGAGCUGCUGUACUACAUCAUCUCCUUCCUGCCUGUGAGGGACGUGGUCGCUCUGGGCCAGACCUGCCGCUACUUCUACGAGGUGUGCGACAGCGAGGGCGUCUGGCGCAGGAUCUGCCGCCACCUGUCCCCUCGGCUGCGGGAUGAGAACUCGGGCGGCCACCGACCCUGGAAGCGCUCGGCCAUCCUUAACUACACCAAGGGACUGUACUUCCAGAUGUUCAGUGGCCGCCGGCACAUUGUCAGCAAGACCGUCGCCCCGCUGCUCUCACACGGCUACCGGAAGUUCCUGCCCACCAAGGACCAUGUCUUCAUCCUUGACUACAAUGGCACCCUCUUCUUCCUCAAGAACACGCUCGUCUCCUCCACCACGGGCCACAUCCAGUGGCGCCGUGCCUGCCGCUACAUGGUGCUGUGCCGGAGUGCCAAGGACUUUGCCACAGACCCCAGAAGUGACACCGUGUACCGCAAAUACCUGUACGUGCUGGCUGCGCGGGAGCAGGCGGGAGCCGCAGUGCUGGGGUGCAGCGAGGCCCCUGGAGCGACCGCAGGCAGCCGCCUCUGUGACUGCGUGGAGGUCUACCUGCAAUCCAGCGGGCAGCGGGUGUUCAAGAUGACCUUCCACUUUUCCAUGAAGUUCAAGCAGAUCGCGUUGGUGGGGCAGGAGGCGGAGAGGACCCUCUUGCUUCUGACAGAGGAGGGGAAGAUCUACAGUCUGGUGGUGAACGAGACACAACUGGACCAGCCUCGCUCCUACACUGUGCAGCUGGCUCUGCGCAAGGUCUCCAAGUGCCUGCCCCACAUCUCCCUCCGCAACAUGCAUUCCAACCAGAGCAGCGCCGUCUACCUCACAGACGAAGGCGCCGUGUACUUCGAGGUCCACUCACCUGGUGUCUACCGCGAUCUCUUUGGCACCCUUCAUGCUUUCGACCCGCUGGACCAGCAGAUGCCCUUGGCCCUCUCUCUUCCAGCCAAGGUGCUCACCUGUGCCCUCGGCUACAACCACCUGGGGCUGGUGGAUGAGUUCGGGAGAAUCUUCAUGCAAGGAAAUAACCGCUACGGUCAGCUUGGCACGGGGGACAAGAUUGACCGUGGGGAGCCCACCCAGGUGCACUACCUGAAGUGCCCCAUCGACCUCUGGUGUGGCCUCAACCACACCCUGGUGCUGAGCCACAGCGGAGAGCAGGGCAAGGACCUUCUCGGCUGUGGCUGUGGUGCCGGAGGGCGGCUGCCCGGGUGGCCCAAAGGCAGUGCCUCCUUCGUCCGGCUGCAUAUCAAGGUGCCGCCGUGUGUCUGCCGCGUCUGCUCCACGCGCGAGUGUCUCUACAUGCUGUCUUGCCAUGACAUCGAGGAAGUGCCUGCCUACCGCGAGCUGCCCGCCAGCAAGGCAGGGCUGCCCCCCAGCGACACAGAGGCCAUGGCUGCCCGGGCGUGCGAGGAAUACCUGAGCCAGCUGCACAAGUGCCCGACGCUAGAGGGGCGCAUGGCCAAGAUGAAGGAAGCGGUGGGCACCAUGCCCCUCAUGACGUUCCAGAAGGACUUCUUUUGGGAGGCUUUGGACAUGAUCCAGCGGGCAGCUGAACUCCGAGAUUCCCCUCCGUCCAGCUAGCUGGCUGGCCACGGGUGCCCCCCACCCCA